ACAUCACCAUCCUCAAGUGACCGCAGGAGUACCAUUCAAGAUAUCAGUGGGGAUAAGAGACAUUUUAGUCUCCGUCAUCGCAUGCUCAUUCGAUCCGAUGUGCAUGAUAGCAGCUCUAUAAAGCUUGCUAAUAGCUCGGGUGCAAUGGAACAACUACAUAACAGCAACCUCUUGUGACGAGCUGGAAACCUAUCUCUUUUCAUAUCAAGACAUCAAUUGAUGUCCAUACCUUAGCUAUUAUUAGUUCACUCCUUUCCAGGUAACAAUUCUCGCGAUUUCUCAUUGAAAAGAUGUCGAAACCAUACUUGCACGGCCACCAUGCCUCGGUUCUGAAGUCACAUACCUGGCGGACCGUCGAGAACUCGUGUCCACACCUGAUCCCGUACCUUUCCUCCCCAUCCCUCCAGAUCCUAGACGUCGGCUGCGGACCCGGCACCAUCACCGUGGACCUCGCGUCCCGCGUCCCCCAGGGCCUCGUCUACGGCAUCGACCCAUCCGCCGACGUGAUCGCGAAGGCGCGGAAGCACGCCGAAGAAAAGGGCGUCACGAACGUGCGGUUCGAAGUCGGCGACGUGUUCGACUGGGAGCGCCUCGACGGCGUGGAGCAAGGCAGCUUCGACGUCGUGCACGCCCACCAGGUGCUGCAGCACCUGCAGGAUCCGCGGGGCGCCCUGGUGGAGAUGAAGAAGCUGGCGAAGGCCGAAGGCGGCAUCGUUGCCGUAAGAGACGCAGACUACGCUGCCAUGACGUGGUAUCCGGGCGACAUUCCUGGUCUGCAGACCUGGCAGAGGUUGUACAUUGCCGUCGCGCGGAGCAUCAAGUGCGAUCCGAAUAUCGGGCGGAGGCUACAUGCUGUUGCGCUGGAGGCUGGGUUCCCGAGGAGUGACAUCGAUGCCAGUUGCGGUGUUUGGACGUUUAGUACGCCGGAUGAGUUGGCUUGGUGGUGCGGGCUGUGGGCGGAGAGAGUCGUGCAGAGCAAUUUCAAGAAGAGUGCGAUUGAGAGCGGGCUUGCUACGGAGGAAGAUCUCCAGGCUGUUGCUCAGUCGUGGAGGGAGCUGGAGAAGAGGGAAGAUGGGUGGUUUGCAGUGCCGAAUGGUCAGGUUAUCUGUCAUGUUAGAUCGUGAAUAUGA